AUGUCUCGCUCCCAGGUCCAGAAGCAAUCCCCCGGCGGUGGCUGCGUCGUCAUGAAGUCCCCUGGCGGUGGUUGUGUCGUCAUGAAGUCUCCCAUGCCCAACGGCUGUGUGAUCACCCGCACCCCCGGAGUCGGCUGCCCCAGCAUGAAGAAGUCUCCCGGCGGUGGCUGUGUCCUCAUGAAGUCUCCCGGUGGCGGCUGCGUCGUCAUGAACCCCACUGACAUCUAA